AUGGAGGGCGCACCUCCCUCUCCCGCUCAACAUCAUGGCCCUCCCAGCGUAGUAGGUCAAGAGGGAAUGCCCCCGCCAGCGCAACGACCCCGCGGCCCAAAACUCAAGUUCACGCCCGAGGACGACCAGUUACUUGUCGACCUCAAAGAAAAGAAAAACCUCACUUGGAAGCAGAUCGCCGACUUCUUCCCUGGCCGCAGCUCUGGCACCUUGCAAGUUCGGUACUGCACGAAGCUCAAAGCAAAGACCACUGUCUGGACGGAUGAUAUGGUGGUAAAGCUUCGCAACGCCAUGCAGGAGUACGAGAACGACCGUUGGCGCAUCAUUUCCUCGAAGGUCGGCAGUGGCUUUUCGCCUACCGCGUGCAAAGACAAGGCUGAGCAACUUGAGGCUGUGGAGUUGGCUGCACAGGAAGAAGAAGAAGAGGAGGAGGAAUCACACCGACAACAUCAACACCAGGGCACCUAUUCCUCGUCGCAAAUGGCAGCUGGUCCAAGUGAUCCAGGCGCAAGUUACCAAUGA